GAAAGACCCAGCCAUGUGGCGAGGCCUGGGGCUUGCCCUGGCUCUCUGCCUCCUCCCAGGUGGUGGGGCAGAGAGCCAGGGUGCAAGUUCCCAUUGCAAGGAAGCCCCAAAGUGGCAAAUCAAGGAUGAGGACCCCAUGCUGAACUCUCUGGGAACGGUGACCGUCGUGGCCCUCCUCCAAGCCAGCUGAUACCUGUGCAUCCUGCAGGCUUCCAGAUUGGAAGAUCUGCGAGUGAAAUUGGAGAAUGAAGGCUAUUGGAACAUCUCUUACAUUAUUGUCAACCAUCAAGGAAUGCCAUCCCAGCUAAACCACAAAACUCUGAAAGAGAAAGUCUCUGAGCAUAUUCCUGUUUAUCAGCAGGAUGAAAAGCAAACUGAUGUCUGGUCUACCUUAAAGGGAAACAAGGAUGAUUUUCUGAUAUACGACAGAUGCGGCCGUCUUGUGUAUCACCUCAGCUUGCCUUACACUUUCCUAAGUUUUUCCUACGUUGAAGACUCUAUCAAGACAACCUACUGUGAACAGAACUGUGGAAACUGCUCGUACACGAUGCCCGAGGCUGAAGAGUUCUGUACCAACGCCUCGUCGGCUGCCAAAGAGAAAGCGACGGAGGCGCCGCUGCCCCGCCACGAUCACCAUCAUCACCAUCACCACGGGCACGGGCCUCACCCUUCGCGGACGGACCAGGCUCCGGCGGGUCCCGACGGCCCCCUGAGAGCUCCCGCCCCCGAAGGCCUCCACAAGCGGCCGAGACUCGCGGGCCAGCCCGGGCAGGGUCAGGGCGGGAGCCGGGAAGCGUCGGAGGGACGAGAGCUCCCGAGGAGGAAGGCCUGACGGAAGGGCAACGCGAGCUGUCAGAAUCAGUUACUCUGAGACUGGCCCAAGCGCUCCGGGCUUGCUCCGAGUAGCUGAUGCUGACACUGCCGCCACUUGCUCUUCGGGAGCAAGGCGGCGGCCGCGGCCUUCUGACGAUGCAAAGACACCCUCCCGGCUCUGUGCAGCUGACAGGGCCGGCAGUCUGGGGAAGACAUCAUUGAAUCCUGUCAAUGACGUUCCCCUCUGCCGGCCUGACAGCCGGCUGCCCAGCCCUCGCCCGAGCCCUCGCCCGCAGACCCCAACGCAGCCUGAAAGUGAGAAAAUACGGCCGGAGUGUGAAAGUGACCCACAAACUAAGCAUCUUUAAACCGAGUAAACCACCCCACUAGGCUCCUCUGCACUAGGGUCCAGCCCGGUGCUGAGAGGGACCUGAGAUUUAUUUUUUAAACCAAAUACAAAGGCCCUUAAUUAAUCCAGACUACCGGAGGGGCCAGAUGAAUUUGACCAAAGGUAUUCGGCGAGAAAAUGACUUACCAAUUUGGCCUGUAAAAUGGGAAUCUCCUACCCUGGAGUUUUGAACGGAGCCGUAUUUGAUCACUUCAGAGCCCGGUGGAGGGCAAUAGCGUGUCUGGGAAAUCUGUCUUUCUUGCUUGUCUUCCGCCGUUCUGCUUGCAUUUGUGACAACAGAAACGUAAACUAUAAACCUAGGGGUUUCUGUUGGAUAGUUAGCAAUCAAGAAUGGAAGACAAUCGAAAAAGACAGGUUUGCCUUCUUUUUUUUUUUAUUAUUACUUAUCUCCUCUGAGGAAGCUAGCUGGUAGUUUUUUAAAUCGUUUCUUUUCUUAAACUGAUCCAAAAAUCACGGAGAACGGCUACACCUCGUCGUAGCGUGAGAUGCAGAGACAGGGAACUGACUGAGGCUUUUGCCCCAGGAGAACGCGCCAUCCUGAAGACAUCAUCUGUAUUGCUUUAAAAUUAAUAGUUUUUCUGUACUUGGACGUUUUUAUAGUUUCAGAUUCCUACGUUAAUUUUAGAAUAUUUCACACUAACGAAACGUUUGACCAGUUUUACUUAGUUUUAUUUUCAAGAAAAGCAUUUGAGAUUGUCUAUUUGAAAAUGUGUUGAGGGGAGAGGAAUUUGCGCUGUAUAUUUGCGAAUGGCUUAGAAAGUAUUUGCCAUAGUUAAUGACGGUUCAGUAGGGAAAUCCACUCCUGUGAACCUGAGCUCUUUUUUAUGGUUAAUGCUAAUAAGCCCCGGAGGUGAGCAGAGAUAUACAAUAGAUGGGGCACAUUUGGAAUUUUAGAUGAACUCAAUAAAAAAAUGAAUCUAAA